AUAUAUUACGUUACCAGAUAUAGAUGACUUGAUUGAAUUUCAGGCAGCUAAUACACCGUUUUCAAACCUGAUUGGGCGUGCAGAUAUCUAUCAUGAAGAAGAAGAAGUAGGAAUGGGGGAUAGUUUAGGAGAUAAUCUAAUGAUGAUGGGAUCUGAUAUUUUACCCGAAAUCUUACUUCACGACGACGGAGAAAGGGAGGAGGCUUCUAUUACGGAAGUCGUUGAUUUCGGAUUUGGAGACAUGGACCUAAAUGCAAACGACGAUAAUCAUAUUUUCCCACAAGAAGAAUUGACAACAUUCAUUUCCAAAGGAGGAUCUUCACCUAUUGAGAAUAAUCGGAAAAGUGAUGUAUUUCCAAAUACGUUAAAUACCGCCGAUGUACCAUCUUUAAUCUUUGAAGAAUCCGCUGCGGAAGAAGAAGAAGAAGAAGAAACGAGAAUAACGCCACGCAAGGUACGACGUAUGAUGUUAGAAAGUCGUGAAGACACGGUGCUUCCCUGGGAACUCUAUGGGAACACCGAACACUUGAUCUUAAAGAACAAGCAACAAGAAAAGAAAAAGAAGCAGGAAAAUGUUCUUGUUCUUCCUUCUAUCGCAUUUAACCCUUUUCAAAAGAAUAAGAAGAUCGGAUUGUCAGGAGUCACAGAAGAAUUCGCAUUUUUUACAAUCAAAAGAAAUCGAUUUAUUUUCCCCACAACACCCAUGUCAGAGUCCGAAUUUGGAUACAUGGAAAAGAUGAGAAGAGCGGAUUCUUAUCAACCUAGUAUUGCGUCCUCCUCUCAUCAUAAUAGCAGUGGUAUCCAAUUACGUACCUCCUCAGAUCUGACAAAUACUCCUGAUAUGCAUAACCUUGAUUUGGGUGAUAUGGACAUGCAAGAUGCAAAAUCAUAUCGGGAGAUGCCUUCAUUUGGUUUUGUCGAUGACUUUGACUACUUUGAUAAUGAUGAUGGAUUUCAAACUGAUGCAUUCGAUAAUUUAUUGGAGGAAAACCUCUUUCUGCAAGAGCUUAGGAUGUGGUUGGAAAAUGGAUUUACGGUGACAGACCUCAUCAUGUCUAAAGAUCGAUCGAAAGCUUCUCAGUGCUUUUAUUCCUUACUUGAAUUAGCAUCGAAACACAUGCUUCGUCCUCAUCAAACAGAACCUUAUGGACCCAUUCAAGUGGAACUGUUUAUGUAACAAAACAUUUAAUGAUCAAAAAAAAAAAAAAAAAAAGAGAGAGAAAAAAGCGCGCUUAUAUAACAACUAUGGCUUUUUUUUAAAAAAAAUAAACAUAAAAUAUAAUAGGGC